AUGAAGUCUUUUGCCACAUUCUUGACUCUCAUCACCUCCGCACUCGCGGCAAGCCGAACCAGCGCUCCAUCUGGAUGCCUGGUGGUGAGCAAGUCAGCCUCAUCAGGACAAUACUCGACCAUUCAAGCUGCCGUGAAUGCACUGUCGACUUCUUCAACGUCAGACCAGUGCAUCUUCGUCAAUCCAGGAACCUACAGCGAGCAGGUGCUUGUGUCUAGCCGCUCGGCCAAGCUGACAAUAUAUGGCUACACUAGCGACACCUCCUCAUACUCGGGCAACCAGGUGACUAUCACGUCGUCCAAGAGCCAAGCUGAUGGGCUCUCCAAUGAUGAGACGGCCACGCUGCGUGUCAAGGCGACUAACUUCAAGCUUUACAACAUAAACGUGAACAAUGGCUAUGGCAAGGGAAGCCAGGCUGUUGCCCUCAGCGCCUACGCUGAUAGCGGCUACUAUGCCUGCAAGUUCACCGGCUACCAAGACACGCUUCUGGCGCAGCAAGGCUACCAGCUGUACUCAAAGUGCCUCAUCCAGGGGGUGACAGAUUUCAUCUUUGGGCAGAAUGGUCUAGCAUGGUUCGAAAAGUGCGAUAUCCGAGUUCUUGCGGCUAGUCUGGGCUACAUUACAGCAAAUGGCCGGUCCUCCUCCUCCGGUGUCAGCUACUAUGUCUUCAAUAACUGCGAUAUCGCUGCUGCAUCGGGCAACAGCGUGACGGCAGGUGCGUUCUAUUUAGGCCGACCAUGGGGCGCUUACGCUCGGGUCGUUUUCCAGAAUACCUCAAUGAGUGCCGUUAUCAACAGCGCAGGCUGGCGCAUCUGGAAUACGGGCGAUGAGCGGACUAGCAAUGUCCUGUUUGGAGAGUACAACAACUCGGGGAAGGGUUCGCAGGGCACGAGGGCGAGUUUCGCGACGAAGUUGAGCUCCGCGGUACCAAUCACCACUAUCCUGACGAGCAGCUAUGCGAGCAAGGGAUAUUAUGACGCUUCGUAUAUGUGA